AUGACUGCUUAUGGUGCUGUGGGUUCUCUUAGGAAUACAAUUAACAAUAUUCUAGGUUGUUCUCGUUUUAGCCUCGUCGGUGGCUCUCAACAAAUCAUAAAAGGAGUGCACAAUGAGUUGAUUCUAUUUCGAAUGAUUCUGGAAAGAUUGGACGUCACAAGUCCAAGCAGGAGCAGGAAGAAGGUGAAUGCUUUGGAUGGAAUAAUCAAAGAGGCAUUAUGGAAAUUUGAAGACUCAUUGGAAUCUCUUCUCAUUCAGCAGAUUCCUUCACAAUCUCAAACUCUUCCUGAGAUUGUCUCCAUUGAUCUGCAGAGUCUGGAAAAUGAUGCGAAUUCGUUAAUCCAGAAGCUCAACGAUAUGGAGAAGAAGUACAGUUAUGAAGUAGAGAAUAUGGCUGAAGACGAACCUAUUUCCUCAAUAUUUGGCUUUCAUGGAACCAACUCAAAGAUGAUUGGAUUAUCAGAUCAAUUCCAACUGCUCAAAAUCCAACUUAUGAAACGCCAAUUCAGCCACGUGUACAUGCUUUAUGGAAUGGCAGGCGUUGGAAAGACCGCUCUUGCUAUGAAAGUUUAUCAAGAUGCAGAGAUUCAGAGCAAGUAUGAGUGUCGCGCAUGGGUUACAGUAGGCAGAGUACCUCAACCGACCAGUCAAAUUGCACGAGGCGUUCUAGCUCAACUGUGUGAAAUUACACAAGGAGGUGAGGACAUUAGUGUUCACUGCUUGGAAGAACGUCUCCACGGCAAAAAAUGCCUCAUUGUGUUGGAUGAUGUCUGGGACACAGAGUUAGUAAGAUUCUUGGUACGUUCCUUUCAUGAACGCCUAAGGGAUGUCAGUGUCAUAAUAACUGGUCGACAUCGAGCAUCUAUGUGGUUUGAAAUGUUUGAUCACCUAAACAAUAUUGUUUCUUACAAUGAGGUCCGGUUUUUGAAUGAAGAAGAAAGUAUGGAUCUAUUAUGUGAGAAGGUGUUUGGUGAUGAGAUUUGCCCUCCUCACCUUCACAAAUCUGCCACCAAAAUUGCCAAGCUUUGUGAAGGUCUCCCUCUCUUGAUAGUCACUGUUGCUGGCAUUCUAUCGAAAUCCGAGCAUAAUAGAGAUCCAGAGUACUGGAAUGAAGUAGCAGAAAGGAGAAAUUCAGUCUUCACGGAUGCAUAUAAUCGAAUAUCAAAGGUACUUUUCCCAAGUUACGACUACUUACCUCAACAUCUGAAAAUGCCUUUUAUGUUUAUGGGAGUUUUCCCUCAAGAUUAUCACACACCCCCUUCCAAGAUCAUUCAUAUGUUGACUGCUGAGGGGUUGUUUCCCAAUUAUAGCAGAUGGUUGAAUAUGCUAGCUACCUUCUACAGUCUAGUUUUAUACACAGUAAAGAGCAUGAACAAAACUUCUCAUAAUGCACACACUUGCGACUAUAAAACUUGCCGGCUUCAUUCUUCAUGGCGGCACGUGUGCAGAGGAGAAGCUAGUAAGAAAAAGUUUUAUCAUGUCUUAAAUAAGUUAGCUGAUGCCUCUGAAGAAAGUCUAAAAGGUCAGCGUGGCUUAUGUCUCGAAAACAACAUGUUAUUUGGCAUCAAGGAGUUUUGCAACUUAGUGAGAUUGAACUGUGCAUCCUCUGCACGUUUUCUCCUUUUCUAUGGUCCUUACCACCAAUAUCCAAUCCCUAUAGAUGUUGGUUUCAUGUUGCUAAGGGAAAUAGACGCUCUUACACAACGUUUCUAUACAUUUCCAACAGAAAUUUUGUCACUAGUCCAACUUAAGUACCUUGCUUUAACUUGUAACGCUGAUCUCCCUGCAACUAUAUCCAAACUUUUCAAUCUUCGAGUCUUGAUUAUCCAUCCACAUCAGAAAAUUAGACGUCGUGGAGCUCCAUCAUAUGUUCCAAUACAAAUAUGGGAGAUGCAUGAGUUAAAGCAUAUUGAGAUAUUGGGAAAGAGCCUUGCAGCUUCAUCUAAUAUUGCUCAACUGAAAAAGCUCUCGACACUGGUAGGUGUGAAUGCUAGCAUUUGUACUAUCACGGAACUCUUCAAAAGAAUUCCUAACAUACGGAAAUUAGGAAUAGAGAUUGAGCAAACACCGUAUGAUAACCAUAACGAUCUUUUGAGUUUCUUUCUUUGCAUUUCAACACUUGAAAGUUUGAAGACACUCAAAUUGAGUAUCACAAAUCCUGUGGUCAGGCAUGGUCAUGUUUUUCCGGUGACUUUGAAGUUGCCACCUGAUUUGAGAAAGUUACAUUUGAGUGGCAUGGGUUUUCCGUUGGAAUAUAUGGAUGUCAUUGGCAAUUUGCGAUGGCUUCGUGUGCUCAAAUUGCGUUCCUACGCCUUUCAGGGUUCACGGUGGGAUACAAAAAGGAAGAGUUUUCGUUUUCUUAAGUUUCUUCUAAUUGAAGAUAGUGAUUUGGUGCAAUUGAAACCAAGACCUGGAAGCUUCCCUAAGCUUGACUACCUAAGUUUGAAACACUGCUACAAACUAAAAGAGAUCCGUAGGCCUUCUUCUCUGUACACAAAUGAAUGUACUGUAGAGAUUGAGUUGGAGGACUGCAAUCCUUUAGCCUUGACUUGUGUCAGCCAAUUACGGCCGGGAGAUCUUAAUACACUUGAUGUUAUUGCCUCUUCUUCUUUUUACGAGAAACCGACAACUAUCAGAAUUCGAAGGCUUGGAUGCGGCAAGUUAAGCAGGCGGAAGGAAUGGGAAGUUGAGGAUAUAAACGAAGAUUAUGAUUCUGAAGGCAAGGGUGAUGAUGAGUAUACAAAUACAAGUGAGGAGCAUGAGGAAGAGAGUGAUGGUAAAUACGUGUCUGAUGAGGACACAGAAGGUGACGAUUUUGAUUAAUAUAUUGUCAAUCGAGGAGAGGAUGAUUGAGGUGAGGGCGUUGAUGAGGAUACAGAUGAAGAGGGUGAGGAAGAGAGUGAUGACGAAUAUGUGUAUGAUUAUGAUGAAUAGGAAACAGAGGCAAGCGGCGACGUCAAGGAGGAUCAUAGGAGUGUGACUUCAUGGGGCUUUUUGAGGAGAGGAGUGUUGAAGAAGAUGGGAGAGCUCUUUGAGGCUUUGAAUCUGAUGCUACAAAGUGAUACACAUGUAAAUCAAAGAAUGAAUUUGCUCAAAACAAUCAAGAACUUCUAUAGUGAUUUUUGGUAUUUUGGUUUGAUUUCCAUUGCAUGAAUCAUUAGUGUUGUAUUAUUGGGUUGUCAAUUGAAUUUAAGUAUUGUCACUUUUGUUGGAUUCUUUUAAGGAUCAUAAG